GCUCUCUAAAAGAAGCCAAGCAUUUUUAUAUCCUUUCGGUUUCUGCUUUUUGAAGAAUAUCCUCCCAGAUAUGAUGAAAAAAAGGAAGACAGAGAACAGAAGAAUGUCUGUCCCACACAGACUAUUGAAAUGCUUCCUAUAGCUGGAAGACACCCACCCCAGACAGGGCACUACUUCAUUGGGAAGUCCAGUUCAAUACAGCGUUCACUUCUCGAAAGUUGGACAAACCUAUAGUGGCCGAUACUUCUGACGUUGUGCCACAACUUACGGGAGUGACAGAGUUUCAAAAACAACUCUCCUUCAACAAGUUCUGUUUCCAAGGAAAACCUUAACCAUUUGUCCCUUCUGGCGCAUGUUCUUCCAUUGAAAUCCAUGCAGAAUAGACCAGAUAUGGGCAGCAGUGAGCCCCUUCCCAUCGCAGAGAGUGACAAGAGGAAGAAGAAAAAGCGGAAGGCCCGGGCCACUGACUCUUUGCCAGGAAAGUUUGAAGAUGUGUACAAGCUGACCUCCGAGUUGCUGGGAGAGGGAGCCUAUGCCAAAGUUCAAGGUGCCGUGAGCCUGCAGAAUGGCAAAGAGUAUGCUGUCAAAAUCAUCGAAAAGCAAGCAGGACACAGUCGGAGUAGAGUGUUUAGAGAGGUGGAGACACUCUAUCAGUGUCAAGGAAACAAGAACAUUUUGGAGCUGAUUGAAUUCUUUGAAGAUGACGCAAGGUUUUACUUGGUCUUUGAGAAAUUGCAAGGAGGCUCCAUCCUGGCCCACAUCCAGAAGCGGAAACACUUCAAUGAGCUCGAAGCCAGCCGAGUGGUACAGGAUGUUGCUGCUGCCCUUGACUUUCUGCACACCAAAGGCAUUGCUCAUCGUGAUCUGAAGCCGGAAAAUAUAUUGUGUGAGUCUCCAGAAAAGGUGUCUCCAGUGAAAAUCUGUGACUUUGACUUAGGCAGUGGAGUGAAACUCAACAACUCCUGCACCCCUAUAACAACACCAGAGCUGACCACUCCAUGUGGCUCUGCCGAAUACAUGGCCCCCGAGGUGGUGGAGGUCUUCACGGAUGAGGCCACUUUUUACGACAAGCGCUGUGACCUGUGGAGCCUGGGCGUGGUCCUCUACAUCAUGCUGAGCGGCUACCCACCCUUUGUGGGUCACUGCGGCGCCGACUGCGGCUGGGACCGGGGAGAGGUCUGCAGAUUGUGCCAGAACAAGCUGUUUGAGAGCAUCCAGGAGGGCAAGUACGAGUUCCCUGACAAGGACUGGGCGCACAUCUCCAGUGAGGCCAAGGACCUCAUCUCCAAGCUCCUGGUUCGCGAUGCCAAGCAGAGACUCAGUGCCGCCCAGGUUCUGCAGCACCCAUGGGUGCAGGGGCAAGCUCCAGAAAGGGGAAUCCCCACGCCGCAAGUGCUCCAGAGGAACAGCAGCACCAUGGACCUGACGCUGUUCGCCGCUGAGGCCAUCGCCCUGAACCGCCAGCUGUCCCAGCACGAGGAGACCGAGAGCCAGCUGACCGGAGAGUCCCAGGCCUUGGCUGAGGGCGUCUGCUCCAUGAAGCUGUCCCCUCCCUCCAAGUCACGCCUGGCCCGCCGGCGGGCCUUGGCUCAGGCAGGCCGCAGUGCAGACGAGGAGCCAUGCCCAGCACCCUGACCUACCCAGUCACCCCCUCGUAGGCCCUAGCUCAACCUCAGUGUCACCCCGGAAGGCUGUGGGGUCAGUCUGCAGAGCAGGUGGGGAGACCUGCUGGGUACCCCCACUCAGGCCUUCCCCUCCACAAAUGUCCUCAGUCCCCUCCUAGCCCUUGCAGUCCCCCAGGAUCCAGCUCAGAAAAAAAGCUUUUUUCCAAAGGGGUUGUCAUUGAAAAGGAAAGCAAUCACUUGUCACUUUGCAUAAUCGCCGAUGGCAGUGGGGACAUCUCUGCCUGGCUCUUGCCCACCUGCUCACUGCCUGCAGAAUCAGCAUGCUCUGUCUGCAGCAACCAGGCCUCAGCCUUGGGGAGCCAGCUUUGAGAAGUGUCCGCUGACAGUGGCUGCCGGCGUGUGCCUCUUCCUCCCUGGCAGUCCCUCCCACCGUCCUCUGGACAGACACUCAUCCUGUCCUGUUUGCCCGUCCUCUCCCUUGACUGAGCAGAGCCACCCCCCAACCCCCCAUGUCAGGGGAAGGACAGGGCACCAAUGGUAUCCAAAGCCCGAGCAGUCUUCCAUCCCACGGCACAGAGAAGCACAUAAUCGUUCUUUGCCGUGACCGAAACGUGUCCCCCAUUUAUCAUCCUCUUCCUGGGUUGUGAUUGCUGCUAAAGUCAGUAUUAUUCCAUUUUCUAGGGGGAGGGGCAUUGAAAAAAGCCAGGCUCUUGCAGCAAAGAUGGGACUUUAAAUUCCCACGCCAAGCCCGCGGACUCUGCCAGUGUGUGAUGACUUUUUCUUCCCUGAAUGUCCAUGCAUUUGGGUUUUAAUCUGCUUUUCCUUAUUAUCCUGAUUUUAAGUUAUUACUGUUGUCAGCUACUGCGAGGCAGUCUCAGGGUUGGCAGCCGCGGCAGAGCCCCCUUGGGUAUGGUGCAGAGGUGGCAGGGCUGGGCCGUGCCAUGCCACUGCAGGCCUGAUGGGGAGCCAGGUGAAAGGCCAGCUGGCUGGAAUUGGAGGCGGCCUGCCACCCUGUCCUAAACACUGCAGUGGCUGUUGCCGGCGACCGUGAAGGUCCAGCCACCGUCAGAUAAGCCGAGCUAUUGAGUUACACAAACUAGGUUUGCACAUUUAUACUCACCCCAUACAGUGAUACGAUUAUACAUCCACUGCGCGUGUUUUAAUAAAACUUUCCAUUUUAA